GGAGACGCAACGCCAUUGAUUGACAUCUGCGAGCUGCCACUCAAACGGAUCUGUAGUUAUUUUCACCCUCUAAAUUACCCAAUUUAGGUUAUAUUCGAGUUUUGUGUGAAAGUAGUGUAGAUUGACUUCUGUGGAUUGUAUUUGUUGCAAAAAAUGUGUGGUCUUUGUGAUAUUAAUUCUUGAUACCUUAGUAUCAAUAUAACAAAAAAUCUAUUUUUGCCCAAGAAUGAAUUUUCCUUAUAGAAUCUGUUGAUAUUGUUAGGAUUGUGUAAUAUACUUGGUUUCUGCGACAUGUCCAUGAAAAUUGAAUACCCUCGUCACUAUUUUGCUCCAUAAUACGCUUCAAUGUGAUAUGGGCUGAAAUGCAAGAUACAACAGUAGCCGCUACAAUGGUGUCUUAUCCAGACAAUAUCUCAGGAGCUCAGCCUGGAAACACAGGUCCUACUGAUCAGGCUACAUUCGAAGCAGAUAAAAGAGCUGUUUACAAACAUCCUCUUUUUCCACUUUUGGCAUUGUUAUUUGAACGAUGUGAACAGGCUACCCAAUCUGCUGAGACCCCAAAUAGCGAGAGUUUCAAUUUAGAUAUUCAGGCGUUUGUUCAGCACCAAGAGAGAGACAGAAAGCCAUUUCUUGUCAAUGACUCAGAAGUUGAUGGACUGAUGAUUAAAGCUAUCCAGGUGCUUCGUAUCCAUCUGCUAGAGUUGGAAAAAGUUCAGGAAUUGUGCAAGGACUUCUGCAACCGCUACAUAACAUGUUUGAAGGGAAAAAUGCAGAGCGAAAACUUGCUGCGAUCAGACUAUGCCACUGGCUACGUUGAAAAUAAUAAUAACAAUAGCAGUACAAACAAUAAUAGCAGUCAUUCGAGCGAUAGCAAUAGUCCCUCAGCCUUCACCGCGCAUAGUUUACAGGUGGUGUCUCCAACAGGGUAUGAAGGAGGAUUAUUAACGGGGUCAGGAGUAGCGGUAGGAGGCUCUGCGGCCACCAUGCAUGUCGAUGAUAUGGUGACUCAUCAUUACAACAGCUGUAGCAGUCAGAUGGUACCAGCUACAGCUGUUUUAGUUGAACAACAGCUGCAGCAGCAGCAUCAGCACAUAGUUCAUGGGAGCACGCCGCUGUCGCAGAUUGGAGCCAAUCCAUGUCCUCCGCCUCCUCCUCCCUCCAGUGAUAUCUCUCUUCUGCAAGGUGGCUCACUCUCAGCCACAAGUGGUGGAUCAGGAGACGAGGAUGACGAUAUGUUUGGAAGCAGGAAGAAGCAGAAAAGAGGAGUUUUGCCUAAACAAGCCACUAGUAUAAUGCGGUCUUGGCUCUUUCAGCACUUGGUGCAUCCAUAUCCCACAGAGGAUGAAAAAAGACAAAUUGCAGCUCAAACAAAUCUAACACUGUUACAAGUGAACAAUUGGUUCAUCAAUGCCCGCCGUAGGAUACUGCAACCAAUGCUGGAUGCUUCUUCACCUGCUGAUGGUGUGACCGGUAGUAAUGGCCAGUCAAGUAAAGCAUCCAGUGGUACAGCUUGCAACAAAAAGACAAAAUCUGGGGCAAAUAAACAGGCUCCAGCACAAAGAUUUUGGCCCAACAAUAUAGCUCGAUUGUCUGCACUUGAUAACACUCAAGACUCCAGUUUGCUGAGCGUGGAUGAUGAAUUGGAAAGCAGUUGUGAAGAAGAAGAAGACUUGGAUGAGGGGGGUGAAGGAGAGGGCAGUUGUAGCGAUGGUGGUGAACUGGGGGGAGCGGGGAACAUAACUACCACCCCUACAAGUCAACAAGAAGACUCUGAACAGUGAUGUUUUCACUGACCAGCGGCUGUGAAGUAUAAGUAUACGAAUAAUAAUUAUUGUAAGCAUAAUCUUAGUCAAAAAAUUUUGUGAACUUACACGUUUAUUAUUAGUAGCCUACGUAUGUGUGUGUGUACACAUUUAGAAUAAUGAUCAAAAGUUCGUAUGGUAAUGCAGAAAGUCAGAAGUGCCUUUCAUUUAUUACUGCACUAUUUGGCUGAUAAUUCGUUUCUAUUUGCAACCUGUAUGAACUUCAUUGAUGAUUGACUAACAAAAUAUCAUCCGUGGGCCCUUUUGGCUCUGGAUACAAACAAUAAAUUACUACGCAAUUGAACGUCUUGAAGACUUGAGCUAUUUCGUAAAAUAACGGAGGUACCAAGUGUUGAGUCUCAUAGACACAAGUUUCAGAGAUUUUAGUUGUAUUCUGUUACAAUUUCAACAAAAUACACAAAUUUCAGCUUCAUUAAAUAAUGAGACUUGAACUUGCCACAAUUUAUUUAAAUAAUUAGAAAUUAAUUUCUAUUUUAUCUUUGUCAGUACAAUGUAUUCGGUGGUUUGGACCCACUUAAAACUGUAGGUCCACUCAUCUUUCAUCAUUAUCAUAUAUAUCACAUUACCCAAUCAAAAACCUGGGUGGGCAACACCCUCUAAAAAAUUGUCUUAUUUACAAAUAUAUCAUUUUAUUUCUUUAAACAAUUUUUGUUUAAAAUUUAAACUCUAUUUUUCAAUUAUUUUUGGGACGUGGAGAUUCCCUCUAUAAUUUUUGAGUUUUGCGCUCACUGUUUUGUUCGAAAGUUUGUUUCCCAAAAAUUGGCAAAUUUAGCGAGGAAGAAUACCUUUUAUUAUUUUGUAAAUCAUAACAAUUUUGCCAAUUCUAGUGAAGUUUUUCGGGAAAUGUAAUCAGACUUUAUUCAUUAUUUUUCUUUAUAAUCAUCACGAAACCCAUUCGGGUUUCACCCAAUCAUAGGGAUAGACCAUUGCAGUUAUGAAUUAUUUGCAUCACAGUUAUUUGUCAUCACAUGUCAAUUCAAUGUUAAAUAUUGUUAGCCUACCUCAUAUUGAUAUUAUUUUAAUGGUUUAACCUCAUAUAGAUAUUAUUUUAUGGUUAUAAAUUUAAUCAUUGACAAAGCAUUUCGUCAAAGGUUAUCAAUCAAAAAAUCAUAAAAUGGUUUAUCUGUCAUUUUAUAUCAUUGUUGACUGAAUUAACUUCUUUUGUAUUACUCUUCUAGUAAACUGAAAAACAUCUAGACAUUGAGUGUUCUUUUGUUUUGUGUUUACUUUUAGUUUGUUCACCUUGUUUUAUCCAACCUGUACUCGAUCAUAUAUAUCAUAUAUCUGUUGAACAAUUUUCUUAUUAAUCUAAUUAUAUUCAUCCAUUAUACAAUAUCACUUAUCAUUAAAGUAUCUUCUAUUGUAUAUCCUAUGUACCCAGCUCUUUUUUGUUCAUAUUUUGUACACAAGAAUUAUCACUGAAAAAUUAUUAUCUUUGUCUGAAGCCCUUCAAGGAAAUUCCAAUUUUGUUGGAUGAGUUCUCACUAGAUUCUGUCCUUUGCAACCAUCUUCUCUCCUCCUAUAUAAUGGGAGAUCUCUCUAAUUGCAAUGAGGAAAUUGUAGCUCAAACUCUUAUAAAUUGCAUUGCCAGUUAUAUAAUCUUUUACAGUUUGAAAUGUUUAGUAAGAGUAAUUUUGUUAUUUAAUUUGUUUAUCAAUCUUUCUAAAUUCAAAAUUUCUUGUUUGUGUUUUCUCAGUAAAUUGGACACUAAAUUUUUAUAAAGUGGAAGACAUAACCUUCUUUCUGGACUAGUAUAUGAAUCAACAAAAUUCUGGGAAGGAACAGUUUUGGGAUGUGCCUCCCCUGAUUAUUUUAAUGAAUAAUUGUGUAUCUUGAAUCAAUAAAUGAAUGAAAUUAAAUUGCAAUAAGUUGGGCUUGUUAUUGUUGUGACUUAUUGGGUGCUGAAUUUUUUGUGGUUUAUAUGGAAUACUAGCUCCUGAUUCAGAUAUGUAUUUUGUCAAUGACUUAUAUUCCAUAGGUGGUACUAUGCGUUUUUAUUAUUCAGCAAAAUUGUACGAAGAAUUUUUGAAAUAUAAAUCAUUGGAUAUUUUUCUCUCUACCAUCAAUAAUGUAUGUCUAAAUAUGGUUUGACAAAGGGUUCAAACAACAAUUUUCUAAGUGUGUACAGAAGUGUGUGAUUGUGUAAGUGUAAUUAUUGCUCAUUUUGAGGUUUUGAUCCGCUUUAAAAUUGGACUUUACAAGGCAUAACCUCUUUAGCUUUAAGCCUUUAAGAGUUUCUAUAGGCUAUGUUUCUCGAGAAUAAGUAAAAUUCAAAGGAGGAAAUUAUUCUACUUAUCUAUUCAAAUAAUUGAGAGAGAAAAAAUAAGGAAACCUUGUGCUAUUUCUUUCCCGAAUUUUAUUAUCCAUUAGCAAUCAGACAUCCCCAUUUUUAGGAAAUUUUGGAAUCUUGCUAUCUCAAAUGCAAUAUUACAACAGCUAUUUACUGGCAUAGUAUAUCUUCUAGUAUUAUUAUUAGAAAUAUCAGGAGGUAAAAAAUAAUACUAGCAGUUGUCAAAUUAUUGAUAAUUGAGUACAAGUUCACCAUAAAAUGAUUCCUCGGAAAAGAAGUAGCAUAGUGAAUUCUACCACAAUUAGUUCAAUCCCUUUCAGAAAUGCCAUUUCAAAACAAUCUAAAUUAUAUUUUAAUUGAAUAAUUUCCUCCUUAUUGUUCAUAAAAGCGUUUAUGAGUACGCUUUCGUCUGUAUGUAGUAAAUACUCUAAUUAUGUGAUCGAAUAUGUAUACUCAACCAAUUUAGUAUAAAGCAUUUAAUUUGGCACACGAAGCAUUGUUCAUUUAGUUUCAUAGUAUUGUAUUUAUUUUCAUAUACGUUGAACAUAGAGGUAGAUUUCAUAUUCGAAAAGCCAAAUUGAACUCUUAUUAUAGUUCUUUGUAGAAGCAGUUGUAUACAUUUAAUAAUGCUUUAUAUAGUAUACGAUUAUACCUUGAACUUGAAUUGGAAUUUGUAGCUUAGUCAUACGAAUGAUCAGUAACUACGUUUCUCAGUUAAUUUUUUGGUGCAUAUUUAUUCUGAAAUCAAACCUUUAUACCAAUAAUAUUGAAAAUAAAUACUGGCUUCGCUCGCCCAAGUAUUUAAUUCAGGUAUGUAUCUAGUUCAUAAUUUUUUGAAAAUGCAAAGUACUCUAUGGUACCUCAUACUCUUACAUAGAACGUCAAUUUGUGAGCCGAAUUAGAACUCUAUUAAUGACGUCCAAAAUGGGAAAUUGAACUUUUUUUUCUAUUCUUCUUCAAUUAAUUUCGAUAGUUCUUCUAUCUAAUAUUUUCAAACCCUUACCACUCUUUAGUUCAUAGCUGACCAAAUUUGAACACUCAAAAUGUAACCAAAUUUUGGAUAAAUCGUUAUCAAAAAAUGUGGGAAAAACAAAAUCGGCUUGAAAGACGUGAACAUGAGACAUUUUUUUGAAAAUAAUUUUAAACUCGUUCCCAGAAUCUGCCUAGAGAAGCACUAAACGUGAAUGCACGUUUUUUGUGUUUUUAAAUGUAAUUUUUUUCUAGAAAUUUUUUCCAAGUGGUUACUGUAUCAGAUUCGAAUGUUUAUAGUGCUUCAAAAUUCCAGUUCUGUGUGAUUUCAGAUUUUGUUUUUGGAAUUCACUGCUUGUGUUCUUUGAAGAAUAGAAUUGUAAAUAGAAUUAAUUAUCUAAGAUUUUAGAUGAAUAUUAUUCUGAUAAUUACCAAAAAUCCUUGAAUAACCAUGUAUACGAGAAAUGUAAUAGAUUGUGAGAAUCUAAUGUGCCACAUCCAGUUCUUUAAUUAAUAUUGAUAGUUCUUCUAUCUAAUAGUAUAGAUGUAGAAUAUUUCCAUAGUUCGAAAUGCUUAUUGAAUUUUUAUAUUAUUAUAAGAGUGUACUGUCCAUCAAAUUCAAUGUUAAUAAUGAUAAUUAUUAUUUUAUUCGACAAAUUUUAUAUUUUUAAUGAUUAUUUGUAAAUGUUUUGAUUUGCUCCAACUGAUGGAAAGAUAUAUUGGCCCAGGGAAUCUAAAAGGCCAGAAGUAAUUCUCCUGAUUUGAUAUUAUUACAGUGUAAUUAUAUUUUCUAUUUGAAACAGAGUGUACUGUUCAAUAUUUGUGAUAUUUAAAGUAAGGUUAAGAAUAUAAAUCAAACAAUGAAUAUUAUUAUUUCAAAACUCAAGUUCAUGACAUACCAUUAAGUACCUAUAUAUUAAUUUAUCACUCUUCAAAAUAUGAUGAUUUUUCUUAGUUUAUUCUAGGAAUCAGUAUAAUUUCAAUUAUUAGUGUGAUCAAUAGUGUGCGACUUUUUGUGCAAAAGUUUUAUUACUCUAAUGUUUGAUCUAAAGUCUUGUAUUUGAAAUUUUAGUGAAUACUUGUGUGUGUUUUUCCCUUUUCAUAUACUCGAUCAUUUAUCUAAUCCAUAAGCUAAAUCAAAAUUAUUUUCAACAUACAAGUGGUUUUUAGUUCUCAACUAUUUGAAUGAGUUUAUUUUCAAUCAAGUUAUUAGACCUAAACAGUUAAUAAGCCUGUAUUCUCUUUGCUUCUUAUUACUCCUUAAUAUAACUGAUAUAAUAGAUUACGAUUACCUUGCUUUUCAACUUAGUAGUAUAUAAUAUCAAUAAAUAAGAAAUAAUACAUUUUCAAAUCCAAGACCUUUUCCUAGUCAAAAAAUGCUCAUUAUCCAUUUUUUUAUUAUACAAUGCUAAAUAUUAUUUUUUAUACUAUAAAUGUAACGUGCCACAUAUAUAUGUGUAUAAUAAAUUUCCGUGUUUGAAUAAUAGUUUUGCUUAUGUAUUAACACAUCACAGAGUAUGUAUUCAUGGAGUAGAUGCUGUUUUGGAAUUGCAUUUUUCUUUAGAACGAUUUCAGUGGUGUUAUCAAUUACCUGACAUUAAUGAUUGUUAACCAUUUUUGAAUGUAUACAAUUUAUGAUUAUAUCGUGUACAGUUUUGUAUUAUACUUAUGAACCGAGACAUGACAUGACUUAACACUCUAUGAUGGGGUAGAGAGCUGUUAAUAAACUUGAGUAUUUUUUAGUGUUCAUCAACAUAUUCAUCUCAACGUUUCAUGAACAUUUAGCGAAUGUUCGGUCGUCAGCAUUCAUUUUGUAUUAAAUUGGUUAUUUCAACCAAUCUUCAUCUCAUUCCACUUUGUGCCAUAUAAUUGUUCGUUGCAAUAAGUUUUAUUGGAUUUCUUGAUACUAAGCCUUGAGCUGAUUGACAGAUUGCCUGGAAUAUUGUAGCAUGCUUGCUUCUUCGCGUGUAAGCAGUCAUUUACAUGAAAAUUAUUUGUAAUCAAUGAUGUGCUUAUCAGUGAUGUUGCACUUUACAUGUGCAGUAUUCCUCGCUUAACUGUAGAUUGAUUGUUUGUUUAUUUCUUUUUGCUGUAUGUGACUAAUAAGAGAUGUAAUGUAAAAAUCAUGUCGUAUAAUUGAAUGCAAUGUUAAUCAUUUUAUAAUAUUAAACGAAACUCAUACCA